AUGGCAUUGGUUCGCCAAUUAUGCGCUGCUAUGAUUGCUUCGAGCUGGCUCAUCUUUACACUUACUGCCCAUGCAUUUUCCAGUACUGUCGCCACCGCAUCUGUCACUUCCGGAACUGUUAGUCAGUCUUCAGCAGCUACUUCUCGUUGUAAUGUCAGUGACCCCAAUGUCGAUCUAUACACCGUGCAAGGGAACGAAACGUGUGUAGAUAUCUCUCUGGCCUCCAAUGUGUCUACUCCACUACUGGCAGACCUCAACGCGCUGGGGGUCGGUUGUCAGUAUCUGACCGCUAACAAAACCCUUUGUCUUCCUGGCACUUGUUCUAUCUAUCUGGUGCAGCCUAAUGACACCUGUGCAUCCAUUCUCUCCAACAUUUCCCGGAAGGUUUCUCUUCCUAUUUUCCGAUCAUGGAAUCCCAGGGUUAACUCGCAAUGUUCCAACCUUAAUACCUUAGUUGACCAAUACAUUUGUCUAAGAAACACUGAUUCCCGUGGUACAACAGUCCCCCAGGCAGUUUAUCUCUUCCAACAGCCUUUCCUUUACGGUCUGCCAGUUCCGCAUCCAAUCCCAAGCAAUGCAGUAACUACCUCGAACACUGACUGUGGUUAUUGGCACACCAUUCAAAUUAACGAGACAUGUGACACCGUUACAGAGAUGUUCGGUAUAUCGAAAACGGACUUCUACUUUCUGAAUACUCAACUAGGCAACAGCUGCUCUAGCCUAUGGCAAGGCAAUAGCUAUUGCGUUCAAGCGGUGGGCAACAUCAACACCUAUGCCGGUUAUUCAACGACAAGCUGGACGGCAUAUACCACAUUGGCUUCAACUAUCAAUCUGAACGCAACCGUUACCGCCAACCGUACUACAACGUGGCUGCUUCCAACGAGCCCGACCUUCGCCACCGUUACAGCUACAUACAAUAACACCGUGUGGGAAAUGACUCAAAAUUACACUCUCUGUCGGCAAGCGAUGGCAUAUUACAAUAUCUCUGCAGAUGAUUCCUUGACAUCCGAGAUGCUUACUAAUGACGCUUUCAUGGAGGAAUACGAUCGCAUCUGUUUGCUUGGUCUCUCGAAGCCGUUGCCGACUCAAGCCUUCAACACCAGUAUCUCACUGAUGACCUCGAUGACCGAGACAGAAUCCUACACCAGUCAAAUGAUAGCCACUGCAACAGCGCGACUAACGGCUUCCAUGAGUUCAGCGUCUGCUACUAACAGCGCGAGCACGACGACUACUAGCAGCGUUACUCAAUCUUCCGAAGCGACUUCUACGGCAUCUUCGUCCGUGAACACCUCCCCAGAUGGAACUUGCGGCGAGUCUACCGGGUAUUCGUGCACCAACUCUCAAUUUGGGAACUGCUGCAGCAAAUUUGGCUACUGUGGAUCAACGAGCGACUACUGCGAAACCAACUGUGACCCUGGAUACGGCGAGUGCAGGGCUUCCUCCAUAGCCAGCAGUCUGACUCCGACCUCAGCAUCUACGGCGACCCCGACACCCACAGCCAAUAUCUCGCCUAAUGCCUUUAUGGUUACUGUGAAUCGACCAGCGACUAUUGUGCCUCCCAAUCCUGCGAUAACUCCUAUGGAGAAUGCUUUGCUUGAAACCGAGACUUCCGAAUGCUUGUCGACCUCCCGAUCCACCAAUCACAGGGAUGCGGACCCGCACUACUAA